AUGAGCGUGUUCCCACUGCCUAACCCACCCCAUUAUCUUUACCCCUCUUUCUCGCCACCCAAACCAGAAAUGCUCUCAAGUCUCUCCGCCGCCUCCUCCUCCAACACCAGCCCCGCCACGGCCGCCGUUAUGGCUGCUGCAGCCGCAGCAGCCGCUGUCUCCACCAAACACACGUGGUCGGCAAUAGCAACCACCACCCACCUCACCGCCGUCUCUUCAUCACCCGCCACCGUCACCCCUUCCCUGCUGUUGCGCACCCCAGCGGGGGUGGUGGAAGCGGCUUCACUUGAUCGGCGCCUCCCACUGCCUAUCUUUCUCACAGCCAAUGGGAAGGCGGCGCUGCAGGGCGGAGAAGCCUGCGUGCUGGCGGGAGGCAAUGACCACUCUAGCUAG